AUGGCUUCGCAAUCUGCGAAACCUACACCCCCGAAACUGGGAUCAACAAGUACUACCGCAAAUUCCGGUCUAUCCUCACCUACAACGGCCACAAACAUGGCCGAAAAACAUUUCGAAAUCGGUCCUACAUCACCUACAUCCCCGCGUUCGGAAAGCCACGCCCCAUGGAGCGGCGACCAAGAUGAUAAAUAUGGUGUCUCAGAAGAAGAAGAAGAAGACCAAGAUCUCGACCGAAUUAUUCGACAGAUCUCACGGGUUCAAUCUCGAGCCGGUGGACAAGAUGGUGGUCCUGGAGGGUUAAAACGGGUUAAUACCGUUGAAACCGUUAGUGGAGUUGGAUUCGAUGAUCCGCGAUUGGACCCUGAGAAUCCUUCGUUUAAUCGUCGGUUGUUUAUUAAACGUUUCAUCAGGGGUCUUGAGGAAGAAGGAUUGAAGCAUUCGAGGUGUGGGUUUAUGUUUAGGAAUCUUAAUGUUUCUGGUGUCGGUGCGGAGAUACAAUAUCAAGAAACCGUCCUGUCAGCGAUAUACGCCGGGCUUAGAGGAGGCAGUGGUGGGAAGGAGAAGGUUAUUUUACAGAAUUUCGACGGAUUGGUGGAGGAAGGAGAGAUGUUGAUUGUACUCGGACGACCUGGUUCUGGAUGUUCUACCUUUUUGAAAACAAUCUGUGGUGAAGACCACGGAUUGAAUAUUUCGGAACAGACAGAAGUGAAAUACAACGGGCUUGACAGAAAGACCUUCUUGAAGGAGUUUCGAGGAGAAGCUGUAUACAAUCAAGAACAAGACCAACAUUUCCCCCAUCUCACAGUCCAGCAAACUCUCGAAUUCGCUGCGGCAGCUAGAACCCCCAGUGCCCGUGUCGGAGGCUUCGGAAGGGACGAACACGCCAGGAUGAUGACGGGAAUCAUCAUGUCCAUCCUAGGCCUCUCACAUACCAAAAACACCAAAGUUGGAAACGAUUUCGUCAGAGGUGUCAGCGGUGGAGAAAGGAAAAGAGUCAGUCUUGCGGAGAUGGCACUCGCGGGUGCCCCCAUCGCUGCUUGGGAUAACUCCUCCCGUGGAUUGGAUUCCGCUACCGCCUUGGAGUUCGUGAAGAGUUUGAAGGGUGCUGCUACUUUCUUCGGAGUUACUCAGGCUGUGGCUAUCUAUCAGGCCAGUCAGAGUAUUUACGAUUUAUUCGACAAAGUUAUAGUUCUGUAUAAAGGUCGCCAGAUUUUCUUCGGAACCACGGGUAGAGCAAAAGCUUACUUCGAGGAGAUGGGAUGGGAGUGUCCUGUCCGUCAGACUACCGGAGAUUUCCUCACCAGUGUCACAAACCCAAGUGAGAGGAAACCUAGACCCGGGUUCGAGAGUAAAGUCCCCAGGACCCCCGAAGAGUUCGAAGCCUACUGGAUCGCUAGUCCGGAGAGGAAACAGUUAUUACGAGACAUGAACGACUGGGAUGCUGUGCAUAACAGCGACGAGACCUACGGCGACCUUCGAGAAGCCAGGAACAUGGCCAAAGCCGAUCACGUUCGCCCAAAAUCCCCUUAUACGCUUUCAAUUGCCAUGCAAAUCGGACUUUGUACGAAACGAGCUUACCAACGAAUGUGGAUGGAUCUAACGUCGACUAUCACACAUGCUUUGGGGAAUAUGGUUAUGGCACUUAUCGUCGGUAGCAUCUUUUACGGAGCACCAUUAUCCACCGCCAGCUUCUUCUCAAAAACCGGUUUACUCUUCUUUGCCAUCUUGCUGAACGCCCUCGGAUCUAUCACGGAAAUCAACAUGUUAUACGACCAACGACCUAUUGUACACAAACAUAAUAGUUACGCAUUCUACCACCCCUGGACCGAAGCCGCCGCAGGUAUCGUAUCAGAUAUCCCGGUCAAAUUCGUUGCAGCCGUGGCAUUCAACAUAGUCAUCUACUUCCUCGGUGGUCUAUCCUACGAAGCAUCCAAAUUCUUCAUCUUCUUCCUCUUCAGUUUCAUCACAACUCUAGCCAUGAGUGCCAUCUUCAGGACCAUGGCUGCCGCAACGAAGACAAUUUCUCAGGCUAUGGCUUUCGCCGGUAUCAUGGUUCUUGCAAUCGUUAUCUAUACGGGUUAUACGAUCACGCCCCCUUAUCAGAGGAAAUGGUUUUUCUGGAUUUCAUAUAUUAAUCCUAUUCGAUAUGCCUACGAAGCUUUACUUGUCAACGAAGUUCACGGUCUAGUCUACGAGUGCGCGAAUCUGGUACCACCCUACGGAACUGGUGAUAACUUUGCUUGUGCGGUACCCGGUGCCACACCUGGUAGUCGAGUUGUCAGCGGUGAAGCCUGGGCGUCUGCGAGUUUCGAGUAUAGUUAUUCCCACUUAUGGAGGAACUUUGGAAUCGUGGUUGCCUUCUUGAUCUUCUUCUGGGUUACUUACUUUGCGGCUACCGAGUGGAAUUCUAAGAGCGGUGGUACUGCUGAGUUUUUGGUUUACAGGAGAGGACAUGCACCCGUUUCCAACGGAGAUGAAGAAGGAAGUGGAAAGGAAGGAGAAGUUGGAGAUACUGGAGAUAAGGUUGUUUUGGCGGAGCAGAAGGAUGUUUUCACCUGGAGAGAUGUUACCCUGGAUAUCAUGAUCGCGAAUGAAAAGAGAAGAUUACUGGACGGAGUAUCCGGAUGGGUUAAACCAGGAACUUUGACGGCAUUGAUGGGUGUUUCCGGCGCUGGUAAAACGACUUUACUGGAUUGUCUCGCUCAGAGGAUGAAGGUUGGGGUUUUGACCGGUGAUAUGUUGGUCAAUGGUAGACCUCUCGCCCCAAGCUUCCAGCGAAGCACAGGGUACGUUCAACAGCAAGAUUUACACUUGGAAACAGCAACUGUGAGGGAGAGUUUACGGUUCUCUGCGAUUUUGAGACAACCCGAGAGCGUCAGCAUUGAGGAAAAGCAUGCUCAUGUCGAGGAUGUCAUUAAGAUGCUUGGAAUGGAAGACUUUGCUGAAGCAGUAGUCGGAAAUCCUGGAGAAGGUUUGAACGUCGAACAAAGGAAGCUAUUGACAAUUGGAGUUGAACUGGCCGCGAAACCCGACUUACUACUGUUUUUGGACGAACCAACCUCUGGAUUGGAUUCUCAGAGUUCGUGGAGUAUUGUCAAUUUCCUCAGGAAACUUGCGGAUUCGGGACAGGCCGUUUUGUCAACUAUCCAUCAACCUUCGGCUAUUCUCUUCCAAGAGUUCGACAGACUUUUGUUUUUGGCAAGAGGUGGAAAGACAGUCUACUUCGGUGAUAUCGGCCACAAUUCUCUAACUUUACUCAACUACUUCGAAGGCCACGGAGCUAGGAAGUGCGGUGGCGAUGAGAACCCAGCGGAAUACAUGUUAGAGAUCAUUAACGGUGGAGCUCAAGACUGGCCAGCGGUUUGGAAAACAAGUCAAGAAGCUAAGGAUGUUCAAACCGAAUUGAACCGGAUCCACGAGACAAUGGGACAUCAAGAACCCAAGGCGUCCGGUGGAUCAAGGGAGUUCGCAAUGCCCUUGGGACCACAGAUCAAGCAUGUCACAGUCAGAGUUUUCCAGCAAUAUUGGCGGACGCCGUCUUAUAUCUACGGAAAGCUCUUGUUGGGUGUGGCAUCGGCGCUGUUUAUUGGAUUCUCGUUCUUCCUUCCAAAGAGUUCGCAAGCAGGGACACAAAGUCUCAUCUUCGCAGUCUUUAUGGUAAUGUCGAUUUUCAGUACCAUAGUCCAACAGAUCAUGCCACGCUUCGUAAUCCAAAGAUCUCUAUACGAAGUCCGCGAACGUCCUUCAAAAGCCUACUCCUGGAUCGCCUUCAUCAUCGCCCAAAUCGUCGUCGAAAUCCCCUACCAAAUCCUUCUCGGCAUCCUAGUCUGGGCAGCCUGGUACUGGCCCGUCUUCGGCCGCCACAACCCAGCCGAAGUCGUCGUCCUCGUUCUCCUCUAUCUGAUCCAAUUCUUCGUCUUCGCCAGUACCUUCGCUCAAAUGCUCGUCGCCGGUCUCCCCGACGCCGCUACAGCCGGAACACUCGCCACCUUGAUGUUCUCUCUCAUGUUGACGUUCAACGGUGUCAUCGCCCCUCCGGAUACUUUGCCGGGAUUUUGGAUCUUUAUGUAUCGUGUUUCACCGCUUACUUAUCUCGUCGGAGGGGUUACGGGUGCUUCUAUGCAUGAUCGAAAAAUCACUUGUACGACCGAGGAAUUAGCCAUCUUCCCUCCUCCUUCCGGUCAAACCUGUGCUUCCUAUCUUGCGGCUUACUUUGAAGCCGGAGCACCGGGUUACCUUCAACAAGAUGAUCCCAAUUCCACGGUCCAGUGUAGUUACUGCCCUGUCACUGUUUCGGACCAGUUCUUGGCUGCGAGUGGUAUUGAGUAUAGUUACCGUUGGAGGAACUUUGGGAUCGUGUGGGCGUAUGUUGGGUUUAAUAUCUUUGCUACCGUGGUGCUUUAUUAUCUAGCUAGGGUGAAGGUGUGGAAUAGUCCUGAGGCGAAGAAGAAGAGUGUUAAGGUUGCUUUGAGGAGGUUGAGGGAUGGGAGGAGGAUCGGGAAGAGGUUUUUUACGGAUAAGGAGGAGUGUCCGUUGGAGAAGAAGAAGACUAAUGAUAGAGUCUUUUGA